GAGAAAACUUGAAUAAUCCACAAGAUUUCUCUCCACACACAAGUCGUCGUCCGCUACGUUGCUUGCUGGUGCGUGCUAUAGCCGUAGCAAGGCAGUCUAGCAAAAGAACAGUGAUCAUUUGCAGUUUGCUGGUUCUAGUUCGUGGUUCGGGAACGCUCAGAAUUUACAUAGAAAAAUGGCUUUACGUUUGAUUUGCAUUUCUCCUGCCUUCAACAGCAUGGGCCAAACCUUGGUACGCGCCAUGUCCACCCAGAGUGGUGCCAAGAACAUCGGCUUCGUCGGUUUGGGCAACAUGGGCGGUCACAUGGCCACCAAUUUGAUGAAGAAGGGCCACAAAUUGCAUGUCUUCGAUAUCUCCAAGCCCGCCUGCGACAACUUGAAGGCCAAGGGUGCCCAAGUUUACAGCAACACCUCCGAGUUGGCCCUGAAAUCUGACUUUGUCAUCACCAUGUUGCCCAACAACGACAUUGUGGCGAAGUCUUAUGAGGAAAUGACCGCCAACGGUGUUAACAAGGAUACCAUUUUCAUUGAUUCCUCCACCAUCGAUCCCAACUUGGUCAAGCAAUUGCAAAAGAUGAUCAGCGGCAAGGGUGCCCGUUUCAUUGAUGCCCCCGUCUCCGGUGGUGUACCCGGUGCUGAACAGGCCACUUUGACCUUCAUGGUUGGUGGUACCAACGAAGAAUACAAUGCCGUCAAGUCCGUCUUGGAAUGCAUGGGCAAGCGUAUCACCCACUGCGGUGACUACGGCAUGGGUCAAGCUGCCAAAUUGUGCAACAACAUGAUGUUGGGCAUCUCCAUGAUUGGUGUCUCCGAAGCCAUGAACUUGGCCAUUCGUUUGGGCUUGAACCCCCAGACCUUUGCCGAAAUCAUCAACUCCUCCACUGGUCGCUGCUGGGCCUCCGAAGUCUAUAACCCAGUUCCCGGUGUUACCCCCACUGCCCCCGCCAACAAUGACUACAAGGGAGGUUUCUCCACUGACUUGAUCACCAAGGAUUUGGGUUUGGCCUCCGGUGUUGCCACCGCCUCCAACACUCCCAUCCCCUUGGGCGCCAUGGCUCAUCAAAUCUACCGUACCUUGAAGGCUCAUGGUUUGGGCAACAAGGACUUCUCCGUUGUCUAUGACUUCAUGAAGAACACCAAGUACAAUUAAGUUUAGUGAUUAAAUAAUAGAAAAAGCAGAAGAAGAAGAAACUUGAGGACCCAGUGCUUCCAUGGUAACUUCUAAGCCAGCAAAAUAAGCUGGACAAAGGAAAAAAGCCAUCCCAGACCAGAAGUGCAUUUAUAGCCAUUUAAGAUUAACUAUUUUUUCUGAGUGUAUUAUAAAAUAAUAAUAAUAAAAAAAUAACAAGAUUUUUAAUCAGUAGAAUACGUAUUCCCAAAAGAA